AUGGCGGAGGUAACGGAGAAGAAGGAGCAAUCUGUGGAUCCAGAUCCAGCUGUGGAGCACAUGCUGUUCGAGAUCCUCUUGAGUCUACCUGCGAAAGACGUAGGCAGGUUCCUCUGCGUAUCCAAGUAUUGGGCAACAACCAUCGCCGGCCGGGAUUUCGUCAGAUCAUACUCGCUCCGGUUCUCCCCGGAGAAGCAGCCGCCUCGCCUUCUCUUAGCUUUCAACACACAAGUAAAGGGUUAUCAAGAAGGUUGGUACUUUUUCUCCACACCCCAAUGUCUCCCUGAGCCAGAUCCGGUCUUGAGGACCACCCCAAGGCCGGAACCACGAGCUGAUUUUGUAUCAAGCUGGGAAUUUCAGUUCAAGAAACAGUGCUACAAGAAUCCUUGUUACGCUCAUGGGUUGAUGAGCUUCUUGUACGGCGAUGAACAGGUGAUUAGUAAUCCCACCACAGGCAAGUCCAUUACUUUACCACCAGCCACUGUCAGAUCCCAGGAAAUGGUCGUCAGAUCCUUUCUAGGAUAUGAUCCAAUCGAUGCUCAAUACAAAGUCCUCUGCUUGACCAAUGUUACUCGAACUGCAGCAUUGUUCCUCACUUUCCUGGAACCGACUCUGUGUGCAUAG